AUGAGACUCCACGAGUUGGUGAACAGUGCUGAAGAGGUAAACGUAAAGCCAUAGCAUGAACAAAAAUUGAGACAGGCAAACAAGUAAUAAUUGCUUGCAUUCUUGAAGAAAACUGGUAUUGAUGGCAAGGAAUAGUAAACCAAUGCGACUUAUAAAGUGACUAAGGACAGAGAAGAUAUUGAAGAGAUGACUGAUAAACUUUCGAGAAAGAUCAAUGAAAAGUAAAUAAAGGUUAAUAAGUUGGAAGAGAUGAGAAAGAACAUUGAAAGAGACAUUUAGGGUUUAGACACUGCUAUUUAAGCAAAUAAGGAGAAAAUAAAGAAGAGAGAAGAAUAACUAGGGCAAGCAGAUUUAUCAUGCAAGAAACAAAGAGACGAGCUCAAAAAGAUUUAAAAGAGAAUCACACCUAAGCUCUGCAAAUAGUUGUUCUCUUAUUUAGAAAAGAACACACAUGAUAAAGUCUGUAGAAUGAUGGAGGCACUAGUUGGAAUGCUAAGAAAUACUGAGAAUUGCAAUAGCAAAGAUGUUGAGCUUUAUCUAUCAAAACAAGAAGGAUUGGUAUAUAAAAUGGAAAAGACUCAACCAGAGUAUGUUAGAGAUUCAGUUAUUGAAAAGCAUUUCAACACAAUCAAGGGUAUAUAAAAGAGUUUUAUUGAUUCUACUGACCCAGAAUUCAGUUUCUGUUCCAACUAUGCAGCUUUCAUCGCAUGGGCUUCCCAAUAUAUAGUACUUUGCAAAGACACCCAGUUCCAAACAAAAUGCAAGAACGGAUUGAGUGCUCUUAGAAGAGAUCAAGAAAGCAAGAAGUUCAGAAGAGAUAACAACUAAACUAUCCUAGAUAACUUCAAUAAAGACGGUUAUAUCUCCUUCCUUGAAAGAGAGAUCGUAGAUGAGAGAUCUAAAAUUGAACAGAACAAGCAGUUAUAUGCUGACCUUACAAACACUGCAGUUGAAGAGUAACAACUUUAUGUUGGCUAUGAAAAGCUCUUCUUCCAGAACCUAGAGUAAUUCGUUAUCAAGAAGAAACUAGCUGGAAACAUGCAAAAGCAAAUGGAGAAAAAAUGA